AUGGUCCGCCCAACUGCGAUAUCUGCACUGGCCCUCCUUUGCCUGACAGCCUCAGCCACAGAGAGCGCGCCCGUUGCCCAAACGCUGAACGGGACAUACUCUGGCGUGCACUCUGCCGAAUUCAACCAGGAUCUCUUCCUCGGCAUUCCAUAUCUCCAGGCACCCAUUGGCGAUAGACGAUUUCACCCUGCGGACGCCCUGAGCAGCUCGUGGAAUGGGACCAGGCCGGCAACAUCCUAUGCCCAUUCAUGCGUUGGCUAUGGGACAUCCAUUCCCCUGGCAGAGAUGUCAGAGGACUGUCUCUACCUCAACGUGAUCCGUCCCCGCCUGGCCGGCAACAUAUCCAACGCCCAGCGGCUGCCAGUCGCUGUCUUCAUCCACGGCGGAGACUUUUCCGGCGGCAGUGCCAGUCAAGAACAAUACAACCUCUCAUUCAUCGUUGAGAAAUCAGUCCAGCUCGGCCAGCCCAUGCUAGCUGUUAGUUUCAACUACCGCCUCAGUGCCUGGGGCUUCCUCUUCAGCAACCAGCUGCGCGACACGGGAGCAACGAACAUCGGCCUCCGCGACCAGCGAUUCGCUCUCGCCUGGAUCCAGGAAAACAUCGCAGGCUUCGGAGGCGACCCAGCCAGAGUCACUCUCUGGGGCCAGGGCGCUGGUGCAACGGGUGUCGGCUUCCACAUCACCGCCUACGCCGGACGCAAUGACAGUCUGUUCCGCGCGGCGAUCAUGCAGAGCGGAAACCCGGUUCCAGAAAAGGGGCUGAAUGGGACGCAGUUCUACCAGCCUUUGUAUGAUGAGAUUGCGCGGCGGGUUACGCCUGAUGCAGAAUAUGCGUCGGGGAAUGGCAUGGCGGAUGGGGAUACCUGCUGGGAUGCGGUGGAUCGGAUGGCCUGUCUGCGCAACGUGGACUUUACACAGAUGAACGAUGCAAUCAAUGCUACGAGUGCGCAGUCAUGGUUCCCGGUCAUCGAUGGUGAUAUUGUUCCUGAGCAGCCCAGUCGGUCGCUGUACACCGGGAAGAAAUAUGUCAAGGUGCCCAUUCUUAUCGGUGCUAAUACGGAUGAGGGUUCACACUACAUGCCUACGCACGAUAUACGCACCGAGGCCGAGUUUAUAGACCUCAUCGCAAACCCUCAGUUCCACGGAGUUGCUCCUGGUAUCGCACUGCCGCGCAUCUUGGUCAACCAACUGGCGGCGGCCUAUUCGAAUGUGUCUUCUUCGCCAUACGAGAGGGCAUUGGCGUAUCAAGGAGACGCCGCCAUCCACGCGAAUCGCCGACAGGCCUGUUCCACCUGGACCCGCGCCAACAUCAGCGCAUACUGCUAUCGAUUCGACGUCCCGCUUUACGACCAAGCUUCUGCACGGCAUGGGAACGAAGUCCCCUUCGUCUUUGCCAACACGGGAGGUCGCGGACGCGGACUCGGAUACGACGCUGAUCCUGUUUCCAGUGACGACCUCGCAGCUCUUGCGAGCGAUAUCAGCAGCAGCUGGGUGAGCUUCGUUGCCACGCUUGACCCUAAUUCGUGGAGACGCCAGGCAAACUCGACGCCGGCGACCCCGACGUGGCCAAGUUACGCGGCGGACAAGGCUUACGAGAUGGUGUUUCAAGCGAACGGGACGAGCCACGUUGAGCGGGAUGUCUGGCGAGCCACUCAAAUUCGGUUGAUUAAUGGAGAGCCGUCUGGGAUUGCAGUGGCAUACCAGAGGUAG